AUGUGCUCGAGCAGUGCAACUUGGAUUCUACUGGGCUUGAUGGCCGGCAUCGCCUCUCAGUCUAGCGCUGCAAAUAUUCAGCGUGGUGAGGACCAGACGAUUCUCCAGAACAAUGGAAACACUUUCCUAUCGAACGGAGCUGGGCAGAUCAUCCGUGGACCCGAUGGCCGAACGGUCUUGAUAGGUUCCGAUGGUCGCAGAAUCAUCGCGAACGCAGACUCCAGUGAAGAGGACGAUUCCCAGGAUUAUGGACACGGUGGGAAUAACAACGUCAUUAUCAAUGGUCAGUCGGGCUCCAGCAUAAUCCAGAGCGAUGGACAUAGCUUCGUCUAUGGCGACGAGAGCGGUGGCAGUUAUAUCAACAACAAUGGACGCACUGUUAGGAUCAUAAACGGAGCCAUUGAACUGAAUGAGCAUGGACAGGUGUACACAUUCCAGCCAAAGGCAGCAGGUGUUAGCCAAAAGGAAACGGUGACUAUCAAUGGACAACCUGCUCAGGUGGAGUACUCGAAUGGAGAUAUAGUAAUCGAACUGGCCGAUCACACGGUGGUAGCCAAGGUGGGUGGUCGCACAUUCCUGGGCGAUCGCUACUCCUUCGACAAUCGCGACAAACUGGAGGCGGAGGCCAAGAACUAUGCCGAGCGUCUGCAGCACGAUAUUCAGGCCAGUCUCAAGAAAACCAUGGAUGACCUUCACGCCGAGCUGGGCAACCUAUUUGCCUAAGUUCAAAAUAUUCUACAUGAGUCGCUCGAAAUAAAGCGCAUAAGCAGCAAA